CUCCAUUUUGGAAAACAGCUGUUUGAAGACACAACCUUUUUCUCGUUGUUCGCAGACGGUACCCUGAGAAAACACUCAGGCUUUUUUUUCUUGUUUUUCCAACACAGAGACUCUUUUUCACCACACGUUUAUUAUCUGUUUAUUUCUCUCACACCCAGCCCGCUUCUUUCAGUUCGGCUCAGUUCGGCGUUGCUGCGUUUUUUUGUCCGACUGCCAGGAAACUUAACUGAGGAUCCAUGGUGUUAAAUUUCCAUUGUAACAAGUGGAUAACAGGAGGCGACCCGACCAAGCUGAGACCAGGCAGCCAGGCAGAGAAGAGUGUAAACACGUGCUGAAGAGCAGAGGGGGAGAACAUCAUCAUCACCACCAUCAUCACCAUCAUCGUCCCUCCAUGGAAACCUGUUAAUGAUCUCAUGGUGUAAUGAGAGCGCUGGUCAUGGACAGAUGAUGGACGUGGAGACGUCGUACUCAGACUUCAUCAACUGUGAUCGCACAGGCCGCAGGAACGCAGUGCCCGACAUCUCAGGGGAGGGGUCGGUAGUGGCCAGCACCAGUGAACUCACCAAAGACCUGGCAGAGAUGGACCUGAAGGCUGCAGAAGGAGACCCGGGGGCCUCCCCAGCCCCUGAGGCAGAGGGCUCCACCAGCCAAGAUGCCCAGGGAAGCGGAGGCCCAUCCUAAACUCAGCCGCAGACUGAAGGGGGGCAGAACCAAGGAGAGAAAAGUAGAGAGGAAGCAGGUGAAAGUGGAAAGACAUGGGGAAAGGGAAGAGAGAGUGUAUAUUGGUUGUCCUGACCGGACACGAGGACACCUUCGCUCACUGCCGGCCUCUUUGGAGCUUCAGCGGCUCCAAAUGUUCGCCUUUUUAUUGGAUCAGAUUGUAACAUGGGGAGUGGAACUGACAGUUGAGAUGCUGCGCUUUUGCUUCAUACUCUGUUAGUCAUUUAUAUUCCUGACGAGACCAGAAAGCACAGAAACUUUGGAUUAAUGUCUGUGGAGAAGGACUGAGCUGAACAGAAUUCAUUUAUAACAACACUCGAAACCUGGUUCCAACCUAAUAUGGAACUGUGUCAUGGAGGGCGUAUUCAUAAUCAUCUGAUUGUCAUUUUCUUUCUAUGUAUGUGUGUGUGUUUGUGACCCUCUUGUUCAAUUUCAUCGUCAAGUCUUUUCUUUUUUUUAGUAACAAACAUAGUCGCCAUUAUACUGUCGUGUACGGACUUCAUAUUUAUUGCUAAAUGUUCAGUGAUAACUUUGUGAUAGCAAUUUUCUUUGUGUAAUAAAAUACUUAUGAAUUACUGUAA